ACAGCAAAUUUUGUCGAGUGCCCUUGGCUGGCAAAAAAGGUGUCGCUCAGUAAUUGGAUUGGGGAUUGCCAAAGCAGCGAAUCGAAACAUUCGAAUAUAGUUACAUAUGCCAAGUGAAGUUACCGCUCCUCCACUUCAUCCCGAGUUACACAAGAAAUUCCUCAAUCGCCAGUCAGCUGCUGCAGCACAGUCGCCAUGAGUAAGAACGGACACAAUAAUGCAGGCUUUGUCAGCGAUCAUGCGGACAGCGUACAGAAGCCAAUGGGGAAGUCCUACUCCCUGGAGCUGGCCGAGAAGGGUGGCAGCCACAACAACAGCAGCAGCACGAAUAAGGCCAUAGUGGCCAAGGAUCCCGAUUACAAUCCCUACCAGCAUCGCGAUGUGGAGCAUCCCACAACCAAUUCGGAAACGCUGUUCCAUCUGCUGAAAGGUUCUCUGGGCACAGGCAUCCUGGCCAUGCCGAAUGCCUUCCGCAACUCUGGCUACAUAACGGGCUCCAUUGGCACCAUUGUGAUUGGGUUCAUCUGCACGUACUGCAUCCAUCAGUUGGUUAAAGCGGAGUUCGAGCUGUGCCGAAGGAAGAAGAUUCCCAGCAUGAACUAUCCGGCCGUGGCGGAGACUGCUCUGGGCGAGGGGCCAGGGUUCUUCAGAGCCUGUGCCCCGUACAUUGGCACCGUAGUGAACACCUUCCUGCUGAUCUACCAGCUGGGCACCUGCUGUGUCUACGUCGUGUUUGUCGCCUCGAACAUCAAGGCCAUUGUGGAUGCGGUGGGUGAUACGAACAUCGAUGUGCGCCUCUGCAUGAUCAUCAUCCUGCUGCCGCUGAUUCUCAUCAAUUGGGUGCGCAAUCUCAAGUAUUUGGCUCCCUUCUCCACGCUGGCCAAUGCCAUUACCAUGGUCUCCUUUGGCAUCAUCUGCUACUACAUUUUCCGCGAGCCCGUCACCACCGAGGGCAAGGAUGCGUUCGGCAAGCCCGAGAACUUUCCACUCUUCUUCGGCACCGUUCUGUUCGCCCUGGAGGCCAUCGGUGUUAUCCUGCCGCUGGAGAAUGAGAUGAAAACACCGCAAAAGUUUGGCGGCAACUGUGGCGUCCUCAACGUCUCCAUGAUCCUCAUUGUGUUCCUCUACGUGGGCAUGGGUCUCUUUGGCUAUCUCAACUACGGCAACUCCGUGCUGGGUUCCAUUACGCUGAAUAUGCCGGAGCAUGAACUCCUGUCGCAGUGCGUCAAGGGUAUGCUGGCAUUUGCCAUCUACAUCACCCAUGGCCUGGCCUGCUAUGUGGCCAUUGACAUCACCUGGAACGAUUAUGUGAGCAAGCGGCUGGGUCCCCAGCGCAACAAGCUCUUCUGGGAGUACGCAGUGCGCACGAUUCUUGUCCUGAUGACUUUCCUGCUGGCUGUGGCCAUACCCAAUCUGGAGCUGUUCAUCUCUCUGUUUGGUGCCCUGUGCCUGUCGGCCCUGGGCCUGGCCUUCCCGGCACUCAUCCAGAUCUGCACGCACUGGUACGAGACGAAGGGUCUGCGCAAGGCCUGGCUUUUGUUGAGUAACUUCGUGCUCAUCAUUGUGGGCAUCCUGGGACUUGUGAUCGGCACUUAUACCUCACUCAGGGAGAUCGUUCUGACCUUCACCGAGUAGGAGGGUGGCAGUAGAGAAUAGCAUUCAGUUCUAAUCCGCCAGCUGGCAUUCCAAUUUAAGCGAAAGUAUUAUGAGCAAACGGAAGAUAUCUAAAUCGGUUUACAUUUCGCAUUCGCAGCAGUAGCACAAAUGACAAAAGGAUCUGCAGUUGCAGUUGCAGAUACAGAUACAGAUGCAGAUAUAGAUGCAGAUCUGAUCUAUUUUGUACAAUGCGUAAACUUCUAAUCUGGACCUUCCAUCUUUGUGUUAGAUAACUAAUCUCUAACAGUUUAUCAGAUUUGUGAUAUUUUUAAGCAUUGUGCCCAAAAACCUGUACAACCAAUGUACAUGUGUAUGUUUAUAUGUAUGUGUGUGUAUAUCUAUAUCUAUGUAUAUCUAUAUAUAUAUAUACAUAUAGUAUAUUUUUUCAUAACGUAUAAUGUAGUUUAUAACAUUCUUGAUAAGUAGUUUAGUGCCAAGUCACAUCUUUAUAAGCCUUAUUUAACGUAUGAUGAUAGCGGACAACAAUAUGAAUAAACAUAAACCUUUUUUGCCAUA